AUGGCAACCGCUAUUUUGAAGACAGUUGAAGAUCAAAUCACAUGCACAAUUUGUCUCGAAGUCUUUCAGGAUCCAAAAGCGUUACCAUGCCUACAUACAUUCUGUAGGAAGUGUAUAAGCAGUUACAUAAUUGGUAAAAAUCUUCGAAGUCGUAGGAACAAAGAAUUUGCUUGUCCAAUAUGUCGACGGCAUGUUCAUAUGUCUGCGCAUGUCAGGAACAAUCCGGAAGUGUGGACAGACCAGCUUGAAAAUAACCACGUGAUUUGUUCUAUGAUUGAGGCUUAUAACACACAAAGAGAGAAAUCUGAUGAAAUAUGUAAAGAUCAUCCCAAAAAUAAACUCGAUUUUUUCUGUGUCGAUCAUGCAAAACACAUCUGUUCCUCAUGUCGUCAUAAACAUCGACGAUGCAAAAACGUCAUCACGCGCGAAGAGGCAAGUGAGGGUAAUAAGUCGAACCAAAAUGAAUCCCCGGUCCAAAAAGGUGAAAAGGAACACAUUGACAGUCUUCUGCAGCAAUGCAAUUCAAUUGAAGAUAUGAUAGAUCGAAGACGAAAUAACUUGGAAGUUCUUGAUCAAUCAGAGCAACACAUGCGAGAAGAAGUCGAAUCAAUGAAAAGGAAAAUAAAUGAGUUGAUAAAUCAACACCAAGAGAAAACUAAUGAUUCAUCAAGGGAGAGAGCUGAAGUUUCAGAUCAAACAAGCAUUAAACAGCCAGUGGAAAACCAGUUACAAACCAUUCAGCUGCCAUUCCAAGGGAAAUCGUCAUGGAUAACAGGUAUAGCUAUUCUCCCUUCAGGAAAAAUCCUUCUUGUUGACCAUAUCAACGGAAUUCUGUCUGUAUUUAGCCUAUCUCUGAAGUUCUUAUUUAAAACGAGUGUCGCUCCAGCCCCUUAUGAUGUAGUACCCAUUUCAUUGACCCAGGACCAUGUAAUGGUAUCUAUCCCAGAAUCACAGGAACUCAUGAGGUGCGAGGUACGUCAGGACGGUGUUGUUGAAGUCGGUAAAAAACUUAAGACUAAUAUUGCAUGUAAAGCAGCGGCUUCCGAUAAAAGAAACGUGGCUAUAUGCUCCCAUUCCGAACUACAAAUAUUCGAAACAGACGGAGAGGUAUGGAUGAUUGUUUUGGACGAAUCUUACUUAAAAACUAAGUUCACUUACAUCACAAUAACGGCAUCAGAGAAGAAAGUAUUUAUAACAGACCAAUCCUAUCAAGAUCCGCAUAUCCGUUGCCUGGAUUUCGACGGUACAACACUGUGGAAGGUUGACGACGGACGGAUCGGUGUCUCCUCGGGAAUCUGUGCCUUGGACACUCAUCUAAUUGUUGCCUCAUGGAAUUCAGGUAAAAUCUUCACUUUGUUUUUCAACGGAGACGACUUGAGUACCUACAUCGACAGUGCUCUGAUAUUUCCUUGGAAACUACAUGCAUCUUCAAGACUGAAGAGGAUAUGCGUUUCUCAGCAUAAAAACACACUAUCUGAGGCGGAUAAGCGAACAGUCAACAUACUUCAAAUGGCAUGA